AGCCACCGGUACGUCAGCUUUCACUACGGUAUAAAAGAGUUGCUGUGCUGCGUUUAGGCAGACUGCAACUCCAAGCUGAUCUCUGCACAGAUCUCACAAUCGCAGCAUAAGAAAUAGGGAAGGGCAAAAAUUAACGAAGACUACAAUUAUACACCCGAUAAAGUCAACGAUCGAGUCGCAAAUAUAUUUUUCUGCCUGAAAAUCGCGGGAAAGGUGGAGAAUGUUUCUCUUAUUCAUACUUUGUCUUCUCCUUGGAAGCUUCAGUAUGGUGCAUUGUUCCUGCUCGGCGAAAUGCGUGUGUCCUCGUGAGGUUCCCGUCUGUGCACCGGGAGUGAGUCUUGUUUUUGAUGGAUGUGGGUGUUGCAAGGUCUGCGCCAGACAGCUUAACGAGGAUUGCAGCAAACUGGAAACAUGCGACCACACGAAAGGACUGGAGUGCAACUUCGGGGCCAGCCUGGGUGAGACGCGAGGCAUAUGUCGAGCUAAGUCAGAGGGGAGACCCUGUGAAUACAACAGCAAGAUCUAUCAGAAUGGUGAAAGCUUCCAGCCAAACUGCAAGCAUCAGUGCACCUGCAUCGAUGGAGCCGUGGGAUGCAUUCCACUCUGCCCUCAGGAGCUCUCCUUACCCAAUCUGGGAUGCACAAACCCCAGGCUUGUGAAGGUGCCGGGCCAGUGUUGCGAGCAGUGGAUCUGCGAGGAAAGCAAGCAGACUGACUCCAUUAACAUAAUCUUCAAGGAAGGCUUGACAGAUGAGUCAGAGAACGACCUCACCAACAGAAAUGAACUUAUCUCCCUGGUUAAAGGAGGUCUCAAGUCUCUACCUGCCUUUAGAAUCCAACCUGAGAGCCACAUGUUCGAUGAACAGAAAUGCAUCACCCAAACUACAGCUUGGUCCCAAUGCUCCAAGUCCUGUGGGAAAGGCAUUUCCACCAGGGUCACCAACAAUAACGAAGAAUGCAAACUAGUGAAGGAGUCACGCCUCUGUGAAGUACGGCCAUGUGCCCAGUCCUCCUACUCUGCUCUAAAGAAGGGAAAGAAGUGCAGCCGGACCAGAAGAUCCAGUCAGCCAGUGAAGUUCACCUAUGCAGGUUGUAGGAGCCUCAAGAAGUACAAGCCCAAGUACUGUGGUACCUGUGUGGAUGGCCGCUGCUGCAGCCCACAGCAGACCCGAACGGUAGCGGUCAAGUUCCGCUGCGAAGACGGCGAAUCUUUCAAUAAGAACGUCAUGAUGAUUGAGUCCUGCAGGUGCACCUUCAACUGUCCCCGGGGCACCGAAGGUUCUCACCCCUUCUACAGACUCUUCAAUGACAUCCACAAGUUUCGAGACUAAGCCCUAUUCAGUUAUCGCAACCAUCAACAAAGCAUUAGGGCUAAUUGAAACUGAGGGGCUCACAUUACAUCUAACUGAACACCAUCCCUUUAAAUUCCCAAGGAAUUAUGGACGUAUCUCGAAGACUAAAGGAAAUGCACUAUGUAGCCAAAAACUAUGCCAGCAUAGUUGUUUCUUUUUUGUUAUCCUUGCUUCAUAAUAUUGGAGCAAUAUUGUUAGCUUCAUAAUGGAGCAAUUUGUAAUAAAAUUUGUAGCGUGAAGUUGCUAAUACUGAUUAGUUUUGUAUAUUUUGAAUUAUGAACGCCAGACAUGACUUAAACUGUAUAGAUUCAUGUAUAUGUACAUACACAAGUAAUUUAACUCUUUGUUUUAUGACUUGUAAAGUAAGACAGACAUUAGGCUUGUUCAACUACUCUGUGGUCACAUUCCGUCCCAAUGUGGACAAAAUGAUUCACUUUUUGCGGCAGCUAUUAAAUAACGUCUCCAUUUCAGCAUUGAAAGAGAAAGUGUGUUAAAAAGAAUGAAUGAUUUAUCAUUAUUUAUCAAAAUGUAGCUACUUUAUUUGAACAUUAAGUGUUAUACUGAAGUAAAUUGUUAAAUAAUAAUUUUAUAUGUUAUAGACAAAAAUAUAGAUUUAUUUAUGAAACAUUGUAUUUCCUCUAUGUUUUAUUAAAAGAAAAAUAAAGCUGAAAAUAAAGA